AUGCAGUCCACGCCAGACCAGCUCGUCAAUGAGCAGCAGCACUACAAAGAACUCUUCCAAAAGCUAAAAGUCAGCUACAUUGAGGAAGAAACACGCGAGCGCUAUUUGCGCAUGCUUGCAGAAGACGACGUGUCUGCCGAUACGGCUGCUCGCACACAGCUCGAACAACACAACGCCGAGGCCAAGGCGACGCUGCAGCAGCAAAAGGCUGCAGUGCAGGCAUGCCAGGCGCAAAUCACAGCACUCUCUCAGAGCGUUCCUGCACAGAAACGACGCGUUGAUGGUGCUCUGGAGGGUAUGCGGACGCUCGAGACAGAGUCGGCCAGCUUGCGUGCAUCCCUGCACGAGCUGGAACAGCUUCGCCAGCAACGUCCUCAGCCCGUCAUGUCACUCAAGGCACUGCAGUCAAAGCAGCAAACAUUGGGCGUGUCUCUGUCGCAAGCACAAGCAGACACCAACAUGCGCAAGGCUCGCGUGGAAGCGUUGGUGCUUCAGAAACAGACUUUGCAAGCACAAGCUGCGCGUAUGGCAGAAACACACGCGACAUUGACGGAGCAAGCAGCGCGCGGCCCUGCAGCUGGUGUUCAGCACGAGAUUGGUCAAAUGUUGGUGUCGUUGACGCAGAUUGCGAGGCAGAUUGAAGCGUAG